GCAUAGGGAUGCAUACGAACAUUUUUCCACAAACAACAAAAAAAUGGAAACGGAGAUCGAGAAAAAUAGAGAAAAGGGUGGGAGCAGUAUCACUGACGACUCUUCACGGACAGCGAUUGCUCCUCCGUAGCUUCUCGUUCGUAUACCCAUGAUUUCGCUGCUGAUUCCAAUUUCUCUUUGCCCAAUCAACUCUGAUCGCUUCCAAUUCACGCAUCAUCUCAAUGCAUCGGUUGCAUUGUAAUCAAACUAUUCCUCUUUUCAGCUCCGUCUCACCUUUCCGAUGGUUCCAAGGCCUCAGUAGCUGACAGAAGAUUCUUGUCCUGUCUUCUUGUGCAAUAGCUUGAAACAUAGGAGCAGUUGCAAGUUCCUAGAACUUUUUUUAAGGGUCUUCCCAUUUAAGAUUAUGAAAUCUAUGGAUUUGGAUGGAAGCAGCAGUUUAGUGGCCUCUGAAGGGUCUGGAUCAGUUCCAGCUGGACAUGUACAAGCAAGGAGACAUACAGACUUGGAGAUGAUAUCUUGAACCCUUGCGGCAUGGCUGCAUCACAUGCUCCUUCCAGUCCGGUCAUCUCUGUCUUUUGCCUGUAUUUGCACUCCAAAGCAUUUGACUUGUGGAAAAUAUGUACAGUAGACUUCAGCCUAUUAUCGUUUUACACAACAGAGCCUCCCAGCUUGUAAGCCUGUGUUAACUCCUACAUGGGUUAUUUCUAUUUUCCUUUUAAUGGGAAUUAUUUUCGUUCCUGUUGGGUUUCUUGUCCUUCAUACUUCCCACAGUGUUGCUGAAAUUGUAUACAGAUAUGAUACUGAAUGUGUACCUGUGUCAUAUAAAAAUAAUAUGGUGGCGUAUAUUAAAGAUAGUUCAGUUCCUAAGCUUUGUUCCUUUUCCAUAAAGGUCAACAAGACUAUGAAAGCUCCAAUUUACAUCUACUAUCAACUAGAUAACUACUAUCAGAACCACCGGAGGUAUGUCAAAAGUAGAAGUGACAAGCAGCUGUUACAUGGACUGGCAUACAACGAUACAAGUUCCUGCAAACCAUUACAGUCGCAUAAUGGACUUCCAAUUGUCCCAUGUGGGUUGAUAGCAUGGAGUUUGUUCAAUGACACGUAUAGGUUUGUCCUUGGGAAAUCUGAAUUGAAGGUGGACAGGAAGAACAUUGCAUGGGCAAGUGACCGUGAACAUAAAUUUGGAAAGCACGUAUAUCCUUUUAACUUUCAAAAUGGAAGCUUGAUUGGUGGUGGAAAUCUAGAUCGAAACAUUCCUCUGAGUGAUCAUGAAGAUCUAAUUGUCUGGAUGCGCACUGCCGCUCUUCCAAGCUUCAGAAAGUUAUAUGGUAGAAUUGAAGAAGAUUUGCAUGCUGAUGAUGUUUUAGAUAUAAAAAUAAUGAACAACUACAACACUUACAGCUUUGGAGGAACAAAGAAACUUGUUAUUUCAACAUCAAGCUGGUUGGGGGGAAGAAAUGAUUUCCUUGGAUGUGCCUACAUUUUUCUGGGAUCUUCUUCGCUCCUGGUUUCUAUAUUCUUCACAUUGCUACACAUGAAAUCGAGGCCCUUCAGGGAAAUAAACUUCUCGUCUAGGAAUAAAGGCAGCAGUACGGAUUAAUGAUAUAUUGCUGUGAGUAGUUAGUUUCAUAAAGACCGCAAGUUUCAAAGAAAGAAGAAUAUACUCUUUGGGUACGACCGUUCGUCGGUAUGUUACAUUUUCAUCUCAAUUAUGUGCCAGCCUACUGUUACGUGACUGAUAAAAAUUGAAACAUUGCUAAGGUAGAAAGUGGUAGCUAUUUUUCAUUGUAAAUAUGCUGAACUUGCUCAAUCUAUAGAACACACACAAGUUAUAGUGAAUGAAAAGUUGUAUUAAACUUUACGCCUUUUUUUCCUAAUAUUACAUAGACAUCAAAUUUGUAGACAAUUUUUUGAUAUUUGUAUUAAGAAAAUUUAAUGCU